UCUGAAUGGACACAGGGUCUCUUCUAGGGGAGCUCCCAGACUGAAGAGGGAGGCGCGGUAAAAUGGUCUUCCCCCACGAACUGAUAUCAGAAUAGAGAUAGUUUUUUUGCUCGUUCUUUCUUGAAUUUUCUAAUGUUUCUCUUUUGGUUUUGCUGUUGUUGUUGCUGCUCCUGUUGUUUUUUUCGUCGCUUUGUACAUUCGGGUACCAGGCGGCAAAAAGGAGGGUGAAGGCUGGAUAGGAACGGGAAAAGAUGGACAGGGCCCCCAGACGUUUUUCUUAGGACAGGAAAAUUGUCUGAUACUGAUCGUGCUAGGGCUCUUGAAGACGACAUGUGUUACACUCCUUGUCGGUGAUCACUUGCUUUUGAAAUAUUUUUCUACGGUUGCCUCAGAGAAGGAGCAGGGCUUCAAUCAAGUGAUGAUGCGGGACCCAACAGCUGAUAUUUUUUCCUCAUAUUUAAAAAAAAAAAAAAUGUUUACCUUUUUCUCUAUUUUUCCCUCUCCCCCCCCCCAUCCACCCAAGUAAGCAAUGCAAAGAUGAUACAGAGAGGUAGUAAGUGGCCACUUUCUAGAAGUGUCUAAGCAGAUUCUUAAUGACCGCUGUGGAGUGGAGAGUGUCAUGGAGAAUCCUAGCCUCCUUGGAAAGAUUAGAGACUCUUUUUAAGGUCCUCAAGAUUCUCUGGACCAAGAGCACAACAGCUCCAGCUGGCAGCAUCACUUCCUGCCAAUUUAUCCAACUUCCGCCAAGGCUCUGAAAUGCCAACAACGUCGAGGCCUGCACUUGAUGUCAAGGGUGGCACCUCACCUGCGAAGGAGGAUGCCAACCAAGAGAUGAGCUCCGUGGCCUACUCCAACCUUGCGGCGAAAGAUCGCAAAGCAGUGGCCAUUCUGCACUACCCUGGGGUAGCCUCAAAUGGAACCAAGGCCAGUGGGGCUCCCACUAGUUCCUCAGGAUCUCCAAUAGGCUCUCCUACCACCACCCCUCCCACUAAAUCCCCAUCCUUCAACCUGCACCCCACCCCUCACUUGCUGGCUAGUAUGCAGCUGCAGAAACUUAACAGCCAGUAUCAGGGUAUGGCUGCCGCCACUCCGGGCCAACCCGGGGAGGCAGAGCCCCUGCAAAACUGGGACUUUGGGGCCCAGGCGGGAGGGGCGGAAUCACUCUCUCCUUCUGCUGGUGCCCAGAACCCUGCUAUCAUCGAUUCGGACCCAGUGGAUGAGGAGGUGCUGAUGUCGCUGGUGGUGGAACUGGGGUUGGACCGAGCCAAUGAGCUUCCAGAGCUGUGGCUGGGGCAGAAUGAGUUUGACUUCACUGCGGACUUUCCAUCUAGCUGCUGAUGCCAAGUGUCCCUAAAGAUGGAGGAAUAAAGCCACCAAUUCUGUUGUAAAUAAAAAUAAAGUUACUUACAAAGAGACGGGC